AAUCGUUUCAGAUUUCCAUGUAGCCACCUGGCGCGCACAGCUUUGGUGCCAUUGGUGCCAUGGCGGCCAGCUCGGCACCCCCAAUCCCCGUGAAGUUGCUGACGCUGGAUCUCCAAUCCGACAAUCCCCGGAAGCGCAUGGAGGCUGGUCUGGCGGUCGCCAAACAAGCUGCACUGGGGAGCCGAAACCAGGUGACUUUGAUCGAUGGGGGAGUGGUGGAGCCACUGGUGAGGCAGUUGAAGGAGGGCCAUGGGGACGAACGGGUCGAAGCGGCCACCUGCUUGUCGCGCCUGGCCAAGAACAAUCCCACGGGGCAGUUCGAGAUUGUGGUGGCUGGUGCAGUGAUGCCUUUGCGGAAGCAGUUGAUGGCGCAAACUGCUCUGCAGAGAGUCAGCGCUGCCACUUGCAUCAGUCGUCUCAGCGAGGGCAACCCCGAGACCCAGCGCGCCUUUGCUGUGGAGGGCACAGUGCGACCGCUGCUGGCCUUGCUGGAUGCGGCGACCAUGGAAGAACGCGUCCAUGCAGCUGUUGCAUUGGGACAUUUGGCCACUGAGAACCCCGAAAACCAGGGUCGCUGCAUGGAAGCCGGCGCCGUCGAGAAGCUCGCCGAGCUCUUGAAAGCUGACGACGGUUAUGAGCAAGUGGUUUCUGACGUGUCAGAAGCCCGAGAGGUGGAUGUUGUAUUGCAGAUUUGGAAUCACACCUUGAGUGGUCGUCGGAGACCCGCCAUGCCCGCGCCGAAGAAGAAUCCCAAGUUCUUCUUCAGGAGCAACGUCAGUACCAGCGUCCUGAACACUGACGAUGCUGAUGUGGACGCGGACGCCACUGACGCCGCUGACGCCGCUGACGCUCCGGACGCCCCGGACCCACCAGACGCACCGGACAGUCCUGACGCGGCACAAGAUGUGCUCAACUGGCUCAACUCCAACGACUCCGAGACGAAGGAAUGUCACAUCAAAGUUGCCGGAGCAGAUGUGAUGAAAGCCUUCUUUGCCGCCAUGUCUUCGAGCCCAUGGGCCGUGAGGAAUGGUGAGGGACGUCUUCACUUUGAGCUGUGGAUAUACGAUGUGACGCUGCUGGAAGCAUCUUGGAGUGGUUUCCGCAAUGCCUCAGUGGCGCUUCUUGCGGUGGCCAACCUGUCCAUCACAGCUGCCGCGGAGCAAGCAAGCUUCAUGGAUCCAUUAGCGCAACUCCCAACAUUACUUCAGUCCCAGUUGAACGCCUCAGCAGAGCUUCAGGCGUGGCUGGAAGAAAACCGCAUUUGGGAAGGACAUCGCUGUCUCUUUUGCGAAUCGGCCAAGCUGGAUCUCGGCAACUACUCCGCUCUGCUGCAGCUGGGAGCUGCUGGACAGGCGGCUCAGCAGCUCCUGCGCGGCACAUUGGCGCAAAGUGAGGCUGAGGUCCUUGCGGAGAAUGCCAGUGCGCAAGGUGUCGCCUUAGAGGAAGUGUCCAACGCCUUGGACAACAUCUCUUCGCAUCUGGAGGCAUCCACUCAUACGUGGAGGGCCACUGCAGAUUGGAUGCCGUGGGCGGUUGGUCUCUUGAGCAGUUUCGUUGGGGUCACUGCCCUUUGCUCUGCCAUCGCAGCCUGUUGGGUGGCUUCGCAGCCUUCGCGCCUCGAAGUCCUGGGGUGUGUGGUGAAUGACGCGGCGCGGGAUCAUGCACAGAUCUCUCGCGUGGCGUGGGGAGGACCUGAGACAGAGACUGGGGAUCUGGAGGACUUCAGAAUCUUGCGGAUCACCAGCGCUGCUUGGUACAGUGCAGGGUUGAUGACUGUGGCGAUGCUGACCGGAAGCGCCUUAACGACGAUCUUCGCCCUCGUCUUGCAGGAUCUCUCCACGGUGAACCCUGGAGCCGUCCUCAACACCCAGGUGUCAACUUCGGAGCCCGCAUUUGCGGAAGCUGUCCUAAUGACAUGUUUCGCAGGGCAAGGCUUUGCAUGGCCAAGUUUCAGCACUGAAGCCGUGAGAGUGGCUCAGGACAUUCCUUCUCCUGUACCCUUCAGCAACGCAAGUAGCUUGCUGGCCUCUUUGCAGCAGCGCGGCAGUCCUUCUGUGGACUUGGCUGGACGCUUCUUCCAGCAUACAGAUGAAUCAGGGCUCCUGCCAGCCGCCUUGGCGCGCUCCACUGCGUCGCGGAAGGCGGAAAACGAGGAAAUUCCAGGGAUGUACGGCUACGCGCGUGAGAUCAACCGCCUGAUGCUGGAGGAUCCGCCCUGGUCAUUCACCUCACUCGAGCAGCCUUCAGCUGCAUGCGCAGUGGCCAGUCAGUGCCGGCUGGUGACCACGGACGCGCCCAGCGAUGCGCUGGCGAGCCGCGACCUGGGCGGCGCCGUGGCGGUGGAGCUGUUUCGCGUGGCGCGCCAGAAGGAGCGGCUUUGGCACAGGGCGGUGUUUGACAACCAGACCUUCCACCAAAAGUUGGCCAGCGAGCUAAGUGCCUUUGACGAGGUCCACACGCAGCUGGCCAGCCUGAUGGAUGGCAGUGCCCAACUGUUGGAAGCCCUUCCCAGGCGGCUGGAAGCCCUUUUGGAUGUGUUCCAAACUGGGAGAGAGUGCUUGCUUGCGGCUGUCCGUGGCUUUCAAGUGGCGCGGUUUCAAAUGCUGUUUCCGGCUCCGCCGCGUUGUCGACGCGCUGAAGCCGUUAUUUGCAGGGCGGCCCUGCCUCGCCACAAGGCUGAGAUGAACGAGCUGGCAGGGGGCUUCUAUCGAGGCGACAGAGUGCUGUGCAAUGGCCGUCCUGGAAUGAUCUUUGGAAAACCUGCGCGUGCAGCCUGCACGCGCAUCUCGGUCUCGGUGAUGUAUGACGAUGGCACCGUCAGUGACGAACGAGUGGUAAAUCUUCAGCCAAUCGAAGAUUUGGAGGGCCCGGUGGACCCGCCAGAAGCCGAACCUGCCGCGCCGCUGUCGGCGCGUGCGCUGCAGUCCAUGGCCGCCCCGCCGGAGCCGGAGGAACCAGAGGAACCGGAGGUAGAUGCGGGAGAGGAGCCGCCCGAGCCCGAGGAGGAUCUAGACACCACUCAGUUGCAGCCAGGUCCGCCGAGUCGAAUGGCACCCACCAUUCAGGGCAUUGGACGGCGGGCGGAACCUCCCGAGGAGUUCACACCUCAGGUUGGCGCCUUUCGAACCACAAUAGAAAGGAUGACACAAGGGCACCUGUACUUUGAUUGGGAAAAUCUGUCCAACAAAGAUCCAAUCAAGUUUCAGUCGCCGGCCUUGGACCUCUCACAGCUGUUUCAGCACGCGCGUCGCGCGUUUUUUCAGCGCGAGCUCCGUUAUGACAACCUGGGCAGAAGAGGCAAUGGCACCCUCUACGACACCGCCAAGUUUUGUGGUGGUCUUUGGGGGGAAGAAAAGCGUGGCCUGGGCGGUAUCGAUGCUCUGAAGUCCUUAGGAAUGCUGGAUACGCCACGAGAGAAACUCUUUGACAAGGCGCAGGAAUGGGUUACAGAGUUUCUGAUGAGCAUCUUUGACACGCAAUGUUCCCACCUGGUGCACCAGAUUGGACGAUGGUGGUUGGGUGGUUGGUGGUUGAUACAGAUCACGGUCGAAACGUGGAAUGUCCAAGAGAAGAAGGGUGGUGAUGCCACCAAAGACGCGCGUCUGGCCUUGAACCCUUUCGUUGUGGGUGCCUGGGAGUCGAGGGCGUCACUAACCAUGCCCAAGUGGGAGUCUUGGGUGACGCGAAGCCCACCGCACUUCCGCUUCUAUGCCGGAGCGCCCUUGGUGGGCUCCCGGGGUGAACGCUAUGGUACCCUUUGUGUGGCGGAUUUCACGCCUCGCCAGUUCGAAGCGGACACCGAGAACGGGAACGGGCGUGGCAUUGAGCGUGUUGGAGUUGAAGAGUCGGAGCAGUAUGCCUUGCUCACCAACUUCGCGCACCUCGUCGUUGAGGAGUUGGAGAGAGACAAGCCAACCGUUGAGAUUUUGAAUAAAACAACUGCCAACUAUGUGGAGAGGUGCCGGGUGGGGGGCCUCCCCCUGAAACCGAUGGAAAGGGAGACGGUUUUUAGGCAACGCAGCAGCGGUGCUGGAAGCACGGCUGACACCAUGCGGAGUAUCAGAACUCCAGUGAAAAUACCAUUGCCUGCGAUGCCAUGGCGAGAACAGAGCCCAGCGGCCCAGGAGUUUUACAUCGGCGAUGCCAGCGACGAGGAUUCCCAGUGGCCCAUCAUGUUCGCGAACGAGAAGUUUUGGGAGGCUCUAGGCCAACCUCAUGACUUCCGAGGAAACUUCUGGGAUCUCUGUAAGACCAGCACGACGACGGACUUGCAAUUCAGCCUUGCCACCGGCCUGGGAGACACCUUUGAGAUGGAUGUGCAGGUCCAACAUAAAGGCCUUGAUUUACACGUGCAGCUUCUACCUGCCACGAGUGAUCGACUGGCGCCCAGCAAAUGCACAGCCAUUCCUGGAUGGAUUCCUUCGCAGGAGUUUGAUCCAUUCAGUCAAAGCGUCCAGUCUCGCAUUUCCGUGGACAAAUCUGGCACCGAAAUCGUACGAGACUGCAAAUGCUUUUGGUUUGUGAUCAUUUGCUACUUGGUCCAGGUUUCGUUUGAGGAAACCUUGCAGCCCAACCUAAGACGCCAUAUGUGGGGUGGCCAUAUGUGGUGGCCAUAUGUGGCCAUCUGA